AUGCACCUUGGACCUAAUGAGGAAAUAUUAGAAGGUGCAAUAAAAGACGAAGAAAUCUUUUUGAAUCCACCACCAGACACCAAUGAACUCCUCGAUCAUCCAGUUAUAUAUCCCAUUAGUGGCGAUUCUAUCAAACCUAGACAUUACAAAUUACUCAUAGCAAUAACUUCUCAUAUCAGAGAGAUCCGAACGAGAAAAUUAUUAAGAGAAUAUAUGUUUGGUAUUAAAGAUAAUUUAAGACCAUGUAUGGAAAAUAAUGGUGAUAUAUACUACAAAUUUUUAUUAAAACCUUAUCAACAAACUGAUAAAAAAAUACUAAGAGAUUUUACAGCGGAGUCUGUGGAAUUUGAUGAUAUUGAGGAGUUCCCAAAUCAAUCGAAAUUGAAUUGGCAAAAAAACUGUUCUUACAUGGGUACGUACAUGUAUGCUGUUCAUUUUAAUUUAAUAGAUCUUAUAAUAAUUGAAAUAAUAUUAUUAAAGAUCCAUUCACUCGAGAAACAAGAAAUCACUUACGACAAUAUCGUAAUUAUGGAAGAUCAUUCUGUGAUCAACCUUCAAAAACUUCUGACUAUACUGGAUUCUUCUGUAGUCAACACUCACGCCUUGACACCUAGACAGAAAUCUAACCUAAUAUGGGGUCGUUUCGAUACCGUGGAUAAAGAUGAAAUGUUUAUAAUCCUUGGUCCAGAGUCUGUGGCCACUUUACUCGAUCUUGACUAUUUCUUAAAAAGCAUUAACAACAACAACAACGGGAUAAAACAACGAAAACUUAAAAACAAAUUUGAAGAGACUGAAAAACCAAUAUUUAAUAUUAUAACUCGGGCGUAUCACUACUUUGUUGAACCAAGUCAUGUAGAUGAAAGUGAUUUAUUUUUCAUAAAUGAUAAUAUUGGACUGAUAGAAUGGCCGAACGCUGUUGAAAAUAUUCCAAUAGAAACAACGAUAGGGGUGGGGCACGUGUUUCUAGAAAGUGAAUUAAGAGAUGUAUUCACACGUUUAUCAAUUUCCAAAAUUACAGCCUGUGAUCCAGUUCCACGUAAAGGUGACAAACUAUCCAUAGCGGUUGUAUCAAGCAGUUUCGUAUAUGACAACAUGUGUAUGUUUCCUAUAGCAAACAUUCUAGCAGAAAAUAAACGCGAUUACGCUAAAAAACACGGAUAUUCAUUUGUGGGCCGCUCCGAAGAAUUUGAUCAACAAGCACAUUAUAAGAACCGACGUACCGUCUGGGGGAAGAUUGAUUCAGUUGAAAAAAUUUUACCACAUUACGAUUGGGUAUUUUGGUUGGAUAUGGACACUGUUAUUGCAAAUCAGUCUGUUACUGUUGAAUGGUUAUUCGAAAAAUUUACUGAAAUGGUUGGAGGAGCUGAUAAUUUUAAAAAGAUUAAUUUGGUGGUUGCCAGACCUAAACAAGAUGUUACUAUAAAUGCAGGUGUUUUCAUGAUUAGGAAUUCAGAGUGGAGUCGAAGAUUUUUAAGGACAAUACAGCAACGAAGAGAUCUUUAUCAUAUGCAUCAGAUGGAACAACGUGCAAUGUGGGAUCUCAUGAAUACUCCAGAUUAUAAAGAUGAGACACUUUUCCUUGAUAAAGAUGAUCAUACUUUCAAUACGUUUCCACACAUGUACGUUCCAGGUGAUUUUGUAGUUCACUGGGCACCGGAUGAUUGUCCCGUAAAACCCAUAUUAGAUGCUAUUGGAAAGUUUAAGCAAUACGAAAUGAAUAGAAACUUCAAGUUCACUCUUGACCAUCCCCCUGAUCAUUGA